UCCAACGGAUCAGCGCGAGCCCAAGCCAGUGUGAUAUUCAGCGUUAGCUUACUUGCUACUUGUUACUAAAUGUUAGUUGCUAAUUAGCUAGGUUAACUUGUUUGCUUUGGCUGCUUUCCUUUAUAUUUUUUUACAGCUAAUGACCUGACAUUUUUAAUAAAGUUAUAAUUAAUAUGAUAAAUGUGUCUAGAUGUAUUAGCUGAUAUUUUAGCUACCCUAUGGCGAGGGCCUCACUCUGAUUUGUGGUUGGAGCUGUCUGUCAUGGGGAGAAGCGGGCGGGUUAAGUUUGAGUAGUGAUGCUGAGAGGAGGAGAAAGAUGCGCGCGGAGAGCACGCGCUGCGGCAAGCGAAACUUUGCUGAGCCCGCGAACAGAGUACAACAGGUAGAGAUGCGCUCGUGCGCAUGAACAUGCACGCGGCAGAGUCUGAGCUGCGCGCGCUGGACUCCGCGCUUCGGGUGUGUGCGCGUUGGAGACGCGCGGCCGGCGACGGGCAGUCGCUCCAGCAGACCACGCCGAGGCGCGCUCCUGACCCCGCAUCCUUCCACGCGCGAGAGCCGCAGUCCGACGCGUUCCAGAUGCGCGCUCCCGGUGAGAGGACCGCGAUCCUGUCCACGGAGAGAUAUGGCGAGGAGAGCAGCGCGAGGAGACACAUGGAGGAUCAUGUGAAUGGAGGGCGAGUGUCUUUCCGUCCAGAGGAGGAUGGCGGCUCUGAGCUUGCGGGAGAGGAGUGUGCUUUAUUACACUGUGGGCAGAAUCUUCCUGACCUUUCAGGAACCCAGUACAAUCAAGGAGCCCACUGUGAUCAGAGCACACAGAACCUCCAUUUGCAGGAAAACCCACAGCCGGACUCCAGGUCUACAGAGCUGUUUCAGCGGGGUCUCGGCUCCAGCCUGCCCAUCAGCUUCCCUGUCAAGCAGGAGGGAUUCGGCUUGGGAGCGGGAACGGGAGCGGGAACAGGAGCCAGCGAGUUUUCAGUAGCAAGAGGCGGAGAACCAAACGAAGACCGUAGUAGAGUGUCUGCAGCCGGAAUUUCGUCCUCCCUGUCGUCGUCCUCCACGGCUCUGACGGCGUACGUGUUUAAUAAUAAUGAAGGCGGCUGCGGCUCCUCCCUGGCUGUCUCUCGUCACUCGGCGCGGCUCUCGCUGAGCUCCGGCGGCCUGAAGAGGCGCCGCCUGCCCAUGGCCUCACAGUCCGACAGCAUCAACAUCGCCGCCAUCGUACGCACCUCCCAGAUGUCCAUCUUAGCGCGUGUAAACGGCGCAAACGGCACCAAUCCCUCCCCACCGGCCCCCAGCGCUGCCUUCCCACAGCCGCCCACUGCGGGGUACCUGCAGCCUGCACCCGCUCCCAGCCCUCGGGACCCCUCAGUCUCACCCUCCACCUGCUGCCUGCUGUCUCUCUCCUCAUCCUCAUCCUCCUCCUCUUCAUCCUCUGUAUCUUCGUGUGAGGAUCCGGGCUCCAUGCAGCCUGGGCCAGCUGACGGCCUCGGUUUGCUCAUGCACUCUGGGGGUCAGCGACCAUCCGCGGUUUUGAAACAGGAGCCAAUGGACGAUUUCUCUCCGUCUGAGGAGGAGCUUUUUCACCAUCAGUUUCUUUCACCCAACCGUGGACAGCAGCAGCAGCAACAGCAGCAGCAGCGGACCCCCAUGCCUCCUCCGUACCACCUGCACCAGUAUAAUAUGGGCUCCGGUACAGGUGCACUGCUGCACCUGCACAACCAGCAGCAGCCUCAGCAGCCUCCACCUGGACCCAGAGUCUCAGGCCCGGCUGGCCUGCAAGCCCUGGAGCGGGACGACUCCAGCGUUUUUAAUGAUAAGCAAAUAUGCCGAUGGAUCGACUGCAGUGCUGCAUAUGACCAGCAGGAAGAGCUGGUGAGGCACAUCGAAAAGGUGCAUAUUGAUCAGAGGAAAGGCGAGGACUUCACUUGCUUCUGGGCUGGAUGUAUCCGCCGCUACAAGCCAUUCAACGCUCGCUACAAGCUGCUUAUCCACAUGAGGGUCCACUCUGGAGAGAAGCCCAACAAGUGUAUGUUUGAAGGCUGUAAUAAGGCUUUUUCUCGUUUGGAAAAUCUGAAGAUUCACCUGCGGAGUCACACUGGAGAGAAGCCGUAUCUGUGCCAGCACCCGGGCUGCCAGAAAGCUUUCAGCAACUCCAGCGACAGAGCCAAGCACCAGCGCACACACCUGGACACUAAACCGUACGCCUGUCAGAUCCCCGGCUGCACCAAGCGCUACACGGACCCCAGCUCUCUACGCAAGCACGUCAAAAUCCACUCAGCCAAAGAGCAGCAGGUGCGUAGGAAGCUAAGAGCCUGCCCACAUCUGGAGCCGGACACUCUAAGCGAAUGUCUGUCUGUUCAGCACCUACAUGGCCCUGCCCACCCUCAGCAUCUGCACUGCCCCGCCCCCUCACAGCACACACUUAAUGGAAAGGAUGGUCGUUCCCCUGCCCUGGGCCAGGAUAUCUUUACAGGCCUGUUUGCUGGCUCCAGCACAACGUCAAACGGAGCCCCAGUGGAGCUGCUCUCUAACAGCCCUCACCUGCCCCCGCGACACCCCCGCCUGGACCGGGACAGCGACGGGUUAUCCGGUUCUUUGCUGUCUCCCGGGAUUAGUCCUCUGAAGGCGGCUCCGUCUCCUCCCUCUGCUCUGGUGGAAAAGCAGCAGAACCUGCCCUCCACCCAACAGCACCAGCAGCACCAGCUCCAUCCACACCACAAGCCCUACUCUACCUUCCACAGCCUCCCCAGCACUGAAGAUUACCGAGGAAACUUCCAGAGCUGCUUCCACUUUGGGGAUAAUUACAGAGUGGAGCAGAACAUCAGCAACGUCCACCUCCCCACUGAGUCCCACAGCUUCAGCACACACCAACACAACGGCUUCCACACCAGCUGCUCCACCACAUCCUCCACAGGUUUCAGUUUGUUGCCGGACCUCAGUGGGACAGUGUCCCAGUUCACCCCGAGCCCAGAGGACAGCGUUUUCUUCCAGCUGGGCAGCUUCGAGCGCAGCCUGAGCCAAAUGAACUCUGUAUAUACCGAGACGUAGAACACAUUAGACGGAGACCAGCCUUCCUCCACCUGAUCAGCAUUCACCAUUCUCUCUUCCUCUCUGAUCCAGCGGCGCAUCUGUAUCUGUGGUGGCCUCCCAUUCUGUAUUAUAUCUAUUCAGAUAUUUUCAGGAUUUCACUAUUUUACCAGCAUUUGUAGCAUAAUAUCACUGUCCGGCUGGGUCACCUGUUUGCUAAACUUCAAAAUGGUUCUCUAUAUUGUGAUGUGAUGGGAUGGUAAUUGAUAUUAAAUCUAUAGCACAGUGAUCAUACCUCAUCAGUUUGGCACAGUGUGCACAGUUUCUCACAUUUACUUUGACUUGUGUUCCAUUGCAGACAGUAUGAAUUCAUGAUUUGUAUGUUCAACUCAAAUUCAUUUUUAAUAUAGAUCCAUUCCUGCAUUUCAGACCAACAACACAUUCCAAAAAGUUUCUUCAUUUUCUUAUGUUGCUAUAAGUGUUUCAGCUGUUAUUUUGCCCCAAUCUUCCUGCAAACAAAUCUUAGGGUGGGGCGCCAAGUAGUCCAGCGUUCUAAAGCGCUGCCACUAUGAGCGGGUGUUCGCAGCUUUGCCAUCAAGCUGCCGGCGCUCAAAGGGAGCAAAAUUGGCCCUGCUUCCUCCGGGUGGGUAGAUGGCGCUCUCUCCCCACAUCACUCCUAGGGUGAUGUCUGCAGCACAGGGCGUCUGUGAGCUGAUGUAUCAGAACCGAGCCGCUGCGCUUUCCUCCAAGCGAGCUGGCUGCUCAGCAAUGCUGCAUCAGCAGCAGCUCGAAAAGAAACGGUGACUUCACAUGUAUCGGAGGAAGCCGAUAGUCUUCACCCUCCUGGUGUUGGGGCAUUACUAAUGAUAGGGGGAGUCCUAACAAGUGGGUUGGGUAAUUGGCUGUGUAAAUUGGGGAGAAAAGAAAAAAAAAACUUGGGGUGUACAACAGUAUGGUUGCAUUUUCCAUUUCAAAAUUUCCCACACAUUCUCUAUUGGGGACAGGUAAAGACACCAGGCAAGACAGUCCAGUGUCCUGUACUGUGUGCAACAUGUGGUUUUGCUCAUGCUAAAAAAUUGAUUGACGUCCCUAAAAAAUAUGAGUCUUGAAUGUAUCUCAAUGUGUAGCUCUAUGAUCUCAGUAUGAAGCUGAAUCAUUAAUUCUGCAUCACAGGAGUGUUCUGACACCCCUCUUACCAUGACAGAUCCUGGCUUUUGGAUUUGUUACUGAUAACAGUCUGGAUGGUCCUUUUUGUCUUUGGUCCAGAGCUCACAGCACCCGUUUAUCCCAAAAAAAGAUCAGGAAUACUGAUUAAUUUGACCACAAUACACGUUUCCACUGAAUUCCUGAGAAGUUGAUGCUUCUGGACAUGAUUAAAAUAAAGGUUUAAUCAUAUUAUGCACUGUAAAUGGAUAAAUAUGCAAGAACAUAUUUGCUCAUCAAAGACUGGAUACUGCUUUUGUAUCAAAUCACGAUAACAAUCACCUGUAUGAUAUCACAUUUCAUUUACAUAAUUUGCUAUCUCACUACCACCCCUCGUCAACUUUUUUUGAACGUGUUACAACACUACUGAAAUGCAGGACUGCGAAAAUGGAUGUAUAUUAAAAAAACAAAUUAAGCCAAGCAGAUAAAACAUGGUAUAUAUUGGGUUCAUACUCUCUAUGAACUCAAACUAAUAAAAGUUAAAGUACAUGUUAGAAACACUGCAUUUAUUGCCAUUUUCCAUACUGUCCCAUGUUUUUUCUGAUGUAGGUUUGUAAUUGUAAAACGUGUGCAUAUGUUAAACCUGUCAGAUGGACAUGAACAGCUUUAAUCCUUUAAUCCAGUCUUCCUGUAAAUUACACACCAGCACGCACAACACAUUUACAGGCUCAGUCUGAACAGUAAACACUAUUAGUGCUGGUUGUAUUUAUAUUUAUUUAAAUUAUAUUCAUUUUUGGUGUUAUAAAAGAAAUAUGAUAGGAGAGAUCUAAAAGAAAAAUGGUCUUACAUUCUCAGUAUAUUCUAAUAAUGCUUUGCUCCAAAACUCCAAAAACGGAUCAUUUUAGUCACAAAAAAACAUUAUUUUUUGUAUUACUGUGCCUUAAAGGCCGAUAUAUGAAAUAUGUAAAUGACAUCCAUUCUGAUUGGUUGCCCUGUAUUGUGGCUUGUUCAGAAAGCAGUCCGGGCUGAAACAUUCUUUAUAACUCUUGAAUGAGUUUUAAAAUGUUUAACUUGGAUCAAAUUGGGAUCAAAUUAAACUGCUGUAAGCAGAAAAAGUGGAUACGUUGGUUUUUAAACCGUUACUAAUGUUUACAUCAAGUGCUUUCACUUUAAAUAAGGAAAGAAGUGAGGAAAUGUGGGGUCUGUUCCAAUUGCAUGUUAAUUAAUAACACUAGCUAGUGUUUGACUACAUAGUAGUAUGUAGUAAAUAAAUAUGGAAGUUAUAGUAUAAGUAUACUCAAACAUUGCUGAUACAUACUUUUACUGUUUUUCCAUCGUCACUAAAUUCUGUACCAGUUGGAACUAGUUAGUCAGGUUACAUUUGGUAUUAGUGUGAAAUUGGGACACAGCCUUAGAUUUCUGAGAUUUUGGCCCUUUAACUGAAUAGUGAGCUGCAUUAUAGAGAUAUCGAUAUUCACAGUGAGGAAUAUAAAUCAUAUCAGAAACAAAAUCCAUCAGUAUUAAAGCCCUCAUACUCCUCACAACCCACCUCUCUCUGUCUCUCUUUAUCACUCUCUCUCUCUCCCUGUUUCUCCCUAUUUCUCUUACUCUGUUUCCCUAUCUCUCUCGUUUCUUCUCUUUUAAUCUCUUUCUUUUAUUCUAUUUGUCUCUCUGUCUCUGUCUCCCUGUCUCUCUCUCUUUUCCUCUCUUUUUCUGUCUCUUUUAAUUUCCCUCUGUCUCUAUAUCUCUUUCUGUUUUCCUUUCUGUCUCUCUGUUCGCUUUCUCUCUUUGUCUCUCUCUUGAAUGAAGUGUAGAUUAUCAGUAUUUAGUGUUGCUGUGUUUUUUUUUUUUCUGUGAAUGUUUGUUUGUGAUGUUUGUGUUGCGUUGUGUUUGUUCUUUUCCAGAUGAUCUGGUUUGAUUAUUUUAUAAAAGGCUGAUGGGUAUUAUCAUCAAUAUUAUUAAUAUCCACAGAACUCCUACCAGAUGUAUAAAAUGUAUAGUUUGUUUAAAUAUUAAUUAUUAUGCGUCACUCUGUCACGUCUCAGAAAAUAAAGUUCUCAAAUAUUA